AUGGGAUCGAAAAAUGAUGAUUUUGCUGGAAUCGUCAUUUUCAUCGAAACUGAAGCUGGAGAUUAUGAACUUCGGAAAAAUGCUCGGGUCACUUGGGCCGCCAAAUCUCGAUUCGAUCGAAAUCAAGUUCGCGUCGAGUUUUUCGUGGUCGCCAAGGUUGGUUUUAUUUUUAUUUAGUGAAAUUUAGUUUUAUGUACAGUUUGUUGAGGUGAAAUUGAACUUUAAAGUUUACUAUUAAAGUUGUCUAUUUUUCAAAUUGAUUUUUCUAAUCAUCUUUUGAAAAUUCGACGUAUAGUCUCUUCUUGUAAAAAUUGAUGCUUUUUUGAACACUUUUUCGGUUGGAUGCAAAGUAAAUGAAGAAACUUUGAAUAAUAUCCUUUUUAGCCGUUAGAAUGAAAAAAGCUAUGUAAACGUGACAAAGAAAGACAUUUCCAAACCAAAACUUGAAUCUAGAAGGUAGGAAAUUUUCAAUUCAACUGCUGAAUAUGAUGGUAGGAAGGAAUUUUGGUUCCCCGAAUAUUUGGGAGCGUUAAUUGUUCAUACACCAAUCUUGGAUGCUCGAAUCUUGGAAAAUUUGAAUCUUUGAAAACGAUUCUUGGGAAUAUUCCCCUCUUUUUUGAAUUUCCAUCUGUUCUUUCCUUCAUUUUUUUUUUCCUUUGUCGUUCUAUUGUGAGGAUGUCGUGUUUCGACCUCAAAUGAACACUGUGUGAUUGUUUUCAACUAACUUUUUAUCAAAUAAUGCGUCUUUCUCGCAUACACGUAGUCAAAUAUUCACUGCAGAACGGCUACCACAUUUUCAUUCACUCUGUAUACAUUCUCCAUCAAUUUCCGUUCUCCAAAAAAUUGGAACAAUAUAAAAAAUCAGAAAAGAAGUGAAUAUUCCCAAGAAUUUGUUUUCAAAGAUUCAAAUUUUCAAAGAUUCGAGCAUCCAAGGUUGGUGUAUGCACAAUUAACGCUCACAAAUAUUCGUGGAUCCAAAAUUCCUUCCUACCAUCCUGGAUAUUCAUUUUGAGAUUGUUCUUUCAAAUUCGAAACUUGAGCUUUUUCCUCAAAAAAAUUCUCCUUUUUCCAACUUGAUUUUUUUCUAUUCAUUCACGAAAUAGUAGGUUAGUUGGAGAAUAUUUUGAUUUACUCUAGAGUUUGUUCAGUUGAAAAUAAGUACUACUUUUUUUAGAAAAAAACCGGGAAAAAAAGAAAAAGAAAAAAAUUUAUUUCAAAAAAACUGUAAAUAUCAUUAAUUAACGCUAUUUAUUUUUUUGAAACACAGCUUUUUAGGUGUGGAAAGAUUUUGAGCCAAAUUUUGGAUUCAGAAAAAAAUAAGACUCUCAUUACCAAUUUUCUUCUAGAAUUGGAAUUUUGCGAGUGUUUUACAGUUCUCAGUUUUCCCUUAAAAAAAAUCUUUUGGAAGUUCUCAAGCCAAAGAAAAUGAUCGAUUACAGUCAUCCGCGAAUCUCGGCUUCCUGCUCUACGAAUAUAAAAGAUUCGGUGACGUCACAAUCGCAAUAACCGACGAAAAGGACGUCAGUUAUGCCCUGGGGCUCCUGGCGAUGUUGGAUUACAAGGAAAAGAAUUACAAGCGGGCGAAAUGUCUGUUGAGAUCGGAUAUCAACAAUAUUUUGUUGCUGAGGAAUUAUGCGGCCAUUUGUCGCGAUACAGGUGAAUCGAUUUUCAGUUUUUUAGGAUUAAUUUGAAGUUUUUUGAAGGUUUGGCAGUUUUUGCCGGUUAUCAUUCGGCUUUGGAUCAGAAUGACCUGAAAAAGGCGACUUCGCAAAUGGUGGAUCAAACUUUAUUGAUUGGUGAGGGGUUUAGCCGCGUCGCAAGUUCAGAGACGCCAUUAUAGAUAGCACUCCCAAAAGUCUCCUCUUGGCGCGUUCCGCGUGCGUGUGCGCGCCAAUUCAAAUUUCGUCUCUUGAACUAGAUUUACAGGCUUCCAGUAUAUGGUUCUUUUUGUAUAAUUUUUCUUGCAUAAAAAAACUUCCAAUUAAUUUUACCCGGGUAUCAUAUCUAUGAUAACUGGAUAUAUGGGCAGAGUACCUGAAAUUUUUGAUUGCUACCGAGUAGCCUGGAAAUGCUUCCAACGUUUUUAUUAUUAUUAUUUUUAGUCACUUCGGUUUUCUAAUUUUUAUUCAUUCUGUUUUCAGACUUCCUUUGAAAUUUGUAUAAGCUGUACACGUUUUUCUCCAUUCGCUCAUGAGAAACGAAGAAUGAAUUUUCAGCAGCACAUUUCCUUAUCAUGCGAGGAGCUUUGAAAAAUCGUAUCUCCGCUCAAAAACUUUUCCAAAAAAAAAAACUUUUUUCACGGACCUCCGCGGCAUUUUUUGAGAACAGAUUUGGAAACAGCAUGAAAAACUACAUUUAGUGAACUGGGUCUCAUUCUGAAAUCCAACUGCGACCAGACACCAUUCCCUGGUCAGCUAGAGCUAAAAUUUAUGCUCGACGUCUCACGAUGGACAUAUUAUGGAAUAUUCAAGAUUCAUUUUAAGAGGUAUAUUUGUGGGCACAUUAUGGUACCUUCCCCAUUUGCCUGUGCAAGUGAGUGAAGGCGAAAAUUUGAAUUGGCGCUAAAACAAGAAAAAAACUUUCUUGAAUAAAGUUUUAUGCCGUGUUCAAAGUAAUUUCCGCGAAAUGCAAAAUGAUCUCUGACUCUCCAAAAUUUAGUGAUCUUUUCCUUUCUCUAACGGGUAUUUUGCAUUUCGCGGAAAUUACUUUGAACACGGCAUUAGAUUCCCUAAAUGAGUCAAUAUUAAAUAAAAGAAAACUGGAAAUGAAUAAGUAAGAAAAAUUAUACAAAAAGAACCAUACACUGGAAGCCUGUAAAUCUAGUCCAAGAGACGAAAUUUGAAUUGGCGCGCGCACGCACGCGGAAUGCGCCAAGAGACUUUUGGGAGUGCUAUCUAUAAUGGCGUCUGCAAGUUCAGAUGAAGUAGUUAGCCGAGUCGCAUAGCCGCGUCGAACUUUGAAAUGAAGAGGUUAGCCGAGUCGCAUAGCCGCGUCGAACUUUGAAAUGAAGAGGUUAGCCGAGUCGCAUAGCCGCGUCGCAAGUUUAGAUGAAGAGGUUAGCCGAGUCGCAUAGCCGCGUCGCAAGUUUAGAUGAAGAGGUUAGCCGAGUCGCAUAGCCGCGUCGAACUUUGAAAUGAAGAGGUUAGCCGAGUCGCAUAGCCGCGUCGCAAGUUUAGAUGAAGAGGUUAGCCGAGUCGCGUAGCCGCGUCGCAAGUUUAGAUGAGAGGUUAGCCGAGUCGCAUAGCCGCGUCGCAAGUUUAGAUGAAGAGGUUAGCCGAGUCGCAUAGCCGCGUCGCAAGUUUAGAUGAAGUAGUUAGCCGAGUCGUGUAGCCGCGUCGCAAGAGAUGAAGAGGAUAGCCGAGUCGCAAGUUUAGAUGAAGAAGUUAGCCGAGUCGCGUAGCCGCGUCGCAAGUUUAGAUGAAGAAGUUAGCCGAGUCGCGUAGCCGCGUCGAAAGUUUAGAUGAAGUAGUUAGCCGAGUCGUACAGCCGCGUCGCAAGUUUAGAUGAAGUAGUUAGCCGAGUCGUGUAGCCGCGUUGCAAGUUUAGAUGAAGUAGUUAGCCGAGUCGUGUAGCCGCGUCGCAAGAGAUGAAGAGGAUAGCCGAGUCGCAAGUUUAGAUGAAGAAGUUAGCCGAGUCGCGUAGCCGCGUCGCAAGUUUAGAUGAAGAAGUUAGCCGAGUCGCGUAGCCGCGUCGCAAGUUUAGAUGAAGUAGUUAGCCGAGUCGCGUAGCCGCGUUGCAAGUUUAGAUGAAGUAGUUAGCCGAGUCGUGUAGCCGCGUUGCAAGUUUAGAUGAAGUAGUUAGCCGAGUCGUGUAGCCGCGUCGCAAGUUUAGAUGAAGAGGUUAGCCGAGUCGCAUAGCCGCGUCGCAAGUUUAGAUGAAGUAGUUAGCCGAGUCGUGUAGCCGCGUCGCAAGAGAUGAAGAGGAUAGCCGAGUCGCGUAGCCGCGUCGCAAGUUUAGAUGAAGAGGUUAGCCGAGUCGCGUAGCCGCGUCGCAAGUUUAGAUGAAGUAGUUAGCCGAGUCGCAUAGCCGCGUCGACCUUUGAAAUGAAGUAGUUAGCCGAGUAGCAUAGCCGCCUCGCAAGUUUAGAUGAAGUAGUUAGCCGAGUCGCAUAGCCGCGUCGCAAGUUUGAAUGAAGAGGUUAGCCGAGUCGCAUAGCCGCGUCGCAAGUUUAGAUGAAGAGGUUAGCCGAGUCGCGUAGCCGCGUCGCAAGUUUAGAUGAAGAGGUUAGCCGAGUCGCAUAGCCGCGUCGAACUUUGAAAUGAAGAGGUUAGCCGAGUCGCAUAGCCGCGUCGCAAGUUUAGAUGAAGAGGUUAGCCGAGUCGCAUAGCCGCGUCGCAAGUUUAGAUGAAGAGGUUAGCCGAGUCGCAUAGCCGCGUCGCAAGUUUAGAUGAGAGGUUAGCCGAGUCGCAUAGCCGCGUCGCAAGUUUAGAUGAAGAGGUUAGCCGAGUCGCGUAGCCGCGUCGCAAGUUUAGAUGAGAGGUUAGCCGAGUCGCGUAGCCGCGUCGCAAGUUUAGAUGAAGAGGUUAGCCGAGUCGCAUAGCCGCGUCGCAAGUUUAGAUGAAGAGGUUAGCCGAGUCGCAUAGCCGCGUCGAACUUUGAAAUGAAGAGGUUAGCCGAGUCGCAUAGCCGCGUCGAACUUUGAAAUGAAGAGGUUAGCCGAGUCGCAUAGCCGCGUCGCAAGUUUAGAUGAAGAGGUUAGCCGAGUCGCAUAGCCGCGUCGCAAGUUUAGAUGAAGAGGUUAGCCGAGUCGCAUAGCCGCGUCGCAAGUUUAGAUGAGAGGUUAGCCGAGUCGCAUAGCCGCGUCGCAAGUUUAGAUGAAGAGGUUAGCCGAGUCGCGUAGCCGCGUCGCAAGUUUAGAUGAGAGGUUAGCCGAGUCGCAUAGCCGCGUCGCAAGUUUAGAUGAAGAGGUUAGCCGAGUCGCAUAGCCGCGUCGCAAGUUUAGAUGAAGUAGUUAGCCGAGUCGUGUAGCCGCGUCGCAAGAGAUGAAGAGGAUAGCCGAGUCGCAAGUUUAGAUGAAGAAGUUAGCCGAGUCGCGUAGCCGCGUCGCAAGUUUAGAUGAAGUAGUUAGCCGAGUCGCGUAGCCGCGUUGCAAGUUUAAAUGAAGUAGUUAGCCGAGUCGUGUAGCCGCGUUGCAAGUUUAGAUGAAGUAGUUAGCCGAGUCGUGUAGCCGCGUCGCAAGUUUAGAUGAAGAGGUUAGCCGAGUCGCAUAGCCGCGUCGCAAGUUUAGAUGAAGUAGUUAGCCGAGUCGUGUAGCCGCGUCGCAAGAGAUGAAGAGGAUAGCCGAGUCGCAAGUUUAGAUGAAGAAGUUAGCCGAGGCGCGUAGCCGCGUCGCAAGUUUAGAUGAAGAAGUUAGCCGAGUCGCGUAGCCGCGUCGCAAGUUUAGAUGAAGUAGUUAGCCGAGUCGUACAGCCGCGUCGCAAGUUUAGAUGAAGUAGUUAGCCGAGUCGUGUAGCCGCGUUGCAAGUUUAGAUGAAGUAGUUAGCCGAGUCGUGUAGCCGCGUCGCAAGAGAUGAAGAGGAUAGCCGAGUCGCAAGUUUAGAUGAAGAAGUUAGCCGAGUCGCGUAGCCGCGUCGCAAGUUUAGAUGAAGAAGUUAGCCGAGUCGCGUAGCCGCGUCGCAAGUUUAGAUGAAGUAGUUAGCCGAGUCGCGUAGCCGCGUUGCAAGUUUAGAUGAAGUAGUUAGCCGAGUCGUGUAGCCGCGUCGCAAGUUUAGAUGAAGUAGUUAGCCGAGUCGUGUAGCCGCGUCGCAAGAGAUGAAGAGGAUAGCCGAGUCGCAAGUUUAGAUGAAGAAGUUAGCCGAGUCGCGUAGCCGCGUCGCAAGUUUAGAUGAAGUAGUUAGCCGAGUCGCAUAGCCGCGUCGCAAGUUUAGAUGAAGUAGUUAGCCGAGUCGUACAGCCGCGUCGCAAGUUUAGAUGAAGUAGUUAGCCGAGUCGUGUAGCCGCGUUGCAAGUUUAGAUGAAGUAGUUAGCCGAGUCGUGUAGCCGCGUCGCAAGAGAUGAAGAGGAUAGCCGAGUCGCAAGUUUAGAUGAAGAAGUUAGCCGAGUCGCGUAGCCGCGUCGCAAGUUUAGAUGAAGAAGUUAGCCGAGUCGCGUAGCCGCGUCGCAAGUUUAGAUGAAGUAGUUAGCCGAGUCGCGUAGCCGCGUUGCAAGUUUAGAUGAAGUAGUUAGCCGAGUCGUGUAGCCGCGUCGCAAGAGAUGAAGAGGAUAGCCGAGUCGCAAGUUUAGAUGAAGAAGUUAGCCGAGUCGCGUAGCCGCGUCGCAAGUUUAGAUGAAGAAGUUAGCCGAGUCGCGUAGCCGCGUCGCAAGUUUAGAUAAAGUAGUUAGCCGAGUCGUGUAGCCGCGUCGCAAGAGAUGAAGAGGAUAGCCGAGUCGCAAGUUUAGAUGAAGAAGUUAGCCGAGUCGCGUAGCCGCGUCGCAAGUUUAGAUGAAGAAGUUAGCCGAGUCGCGUAGCCGCGUCGCAAGUUUAGAUGAGAGGUUAGCCGAGUCGCAUAGCCGCGUCGCAAGUUUAGAUGAAGAGGUUAGCCGAGUCGCAUAGCCGCGUCGCAAGUUUAGAUGAAGUAGUUAGCCGAGUCGUGUAGCCGCGUCGCAAGAGAUGAAGAGGAUAGCCGAGUCGCAAGUUUAGAUGAAGAAGUUAGCCGAGUCGCGUAGCCGCGUCGCAAGUUUAGAUGAAGAAGUUAGCCGAGUCGCGUAGCCGCGUCGCAAGUUUAGAUGAAGUAGUUAGCCGAGUCGCGUAGCCGCGUUGCAAGUUUAGAUGAAGUAGUUAGCCGAGUCGUGUAGCCGCGUUGCAAGUUUAGAUGAAGUAGUUAGCCGAGUCGUGUAGCCGCGUCGCAAGAGAUGAAGAGGAUAGCCGAGUCGCAAGUUUAGAUGAAGAAGUUAGCCGAGUCGCGUAGCCGCGUCGCAAGUUUAGAUGAAGAAGUUAGCCGAGUCGCGUAGCCGCGUCGCAAGUUUAGAUGAAGUAGUUAGCCGAGUCGCGUAGCCGCGUUGCAAGUUUAGAUGAAGUAGUUAGCCGAGUCGUGUAGCCGCGUUGCAAGUUUAGAUGAAGUAGUUAGCCGAGUCGUGUAGCCGCGUCGCAAGAGAUGAAGAGGAUAGCCGAGUCGCAAGUUUAGAUGAAGAAGUUAGCCGAGUCGCGUAGCCGCGUCGCAAGUUUAGAUGAAGUAGUUAGCCGAGUCGUACAGCCGCGUCGCAAGUUUAGAUGAGAGGUUAGCCGAGUCGCGUAGCCGCGUCGCAAGUUUAGAUGAGAGGUUAGCCGAGUCGCAUAGCCGCGUCGAACUUUGAAAUGAAGUAGUUAGCCGAGUCGCAUAGCCGCGUCGCAAGUUUAGAUGAAGUAGUUAGCCGAGUCGCGUAGCCGCGUCGCAAGUUUAGAUGAAGAGGUUAGCCGAGUCGCAUAGCCGCGUCGCAAGUUUAGAUGGAGAGGUUAGCCGAGUCGCAUAGCCGCGUCGCAAGUUUAGAUGAAGUAGUUAGCCGAGUCACGUAGCCAGGUCGUGCAGCCGCGUCGCAACUUUAGAUGAAGUAGUUAGCCGAGUCGCAUAGCCGCGUCGAACAGUGAAAUGAAGUAGUUAGCCGAGUCACGUAGCCAGGUCGUGCAGCCGCGUCGCAACUUUAGAUGAAAAGGUUAGUCGAGUCGCAUAGCCGCGUCGAACAGUGAAAAAGCAGCAAAUUUCAGUAAAAGGGAGCAAAUUUCAGUAAUAAUCAGUUUAAAAAAAAGAAUUUCCAGGCCCCGAAGUUGUCACUCAAUUUUACAAGUCCCUGAGGUCGGGGAAAUUCUCGAAGCAUACUGAGUGGUGGUGAGUUUCUGACGCUUUUCACGAAAAUCAUCUGAAUUUCCAGGUCUUCGUCUUCUUCUGACGACGUCUCCUUGAUAAACGCCCUCGCCGAGGAAGCCUACCAAGACGUCGAACAUUUUGAUGAGAAUUCUGAAAGCGAUUUUUUCCGAUUUCUUUGUUCCAAAGGCUCAACGAUAGGCUAUAGUGUUAGGAAGUUUGAUGAGAAUUCGAUCGAUCAAAAAUUUCGUGAGCUCAUGAAAACUGACGGGUUUCCUUGUGCUAUUUGAGAUAUUUCAGAAAAAAAAAUGGAGGAAAAAAUAUUGAGAUCUUUCUGAAGCGUUGUUGUUUCGUAAUAUUUGAAAAUUUAUAGUCAUUUUUUCAAGUUUUUAAAAAUUUUCGGAAUUUUGAAGCGAUUUUAUUACUGUUAAAAGUAGAAGCUUGGGCUUUUCCUGAUACAUUAUGAAAGAAGACAGUUAAGCAGACCAAAAUCCAACUUUCAAAGGAAAAAAAGACGAGAAAGUUAGGCAGACUCAAAGUCUGCUUCAAAAAGUUCCAGCGGUCCGAAUUUAUGUCAAACAAGGUUUUGUGAAAAAAAAGGAAGUAUAGUCUGUUCAGAUUUUGAAUGUCAAGUAGAAUGACGUCAUUCAAAAACACUCUGUGGAUGGCUCGCUCUCUGAUUGGUUUAUCGCGCUAUUAGGGGGCGGAGCUUCAGCGACCACUUCACAUUUAAAAUCUGAACAGACUAUAAUACAAAGUUUUUGCUUAUUUUUUUCUUGUCAUUAUAAAAUUCGCAAUAGACCAGGGAAUGGUCUCGGUUCACAGGGGGAUUUCUGAAUGAGACCAUGUUUUCUAGAUGUAGUUUUUUAUGCUGAUCCAGUCUCAAAAGCUGCCCAAUACGUCUAUGAAAAAAGUCAUGGACCCUCAAAAGUCGAAAAUCUCAUAGUCUCCGAACUUUUUUCGGAAAAAGUCAAAUCGAUUUUCGUGAUAUACAUACCCUCCAAAAAUGAGCUCGAUCGGAGACUAUGAGAUUAUCGACUUUUGAUGGUAUAUAACUUUUUUCACAGACGUAUUGGGCAGCUUUUGAGACCGGAUUUGGAAUCAGCGUGAAAAACUACAUCUAGAAAACAUGGUCUCAUUCAGAAGUCCCACUGUGAGCUGAGACCAUUCCCUGGUCAAAUUUCCUACUGUUUUUCAGUUAUUCCUUUCAAUUUUCUUAGAUUUCCGUGUGUUUUUACUGGUAAUUCUUCUUCCAAAAUCUGUAUUUUUUAACCAAUUUUAUGUGUCUAGCGCUGAUAAAAGUUUUUUUUUUGAGUUAUCCCUUUUCCAUCUUAAAAAAAAGAUGCAAUCAUCGUAUUUUUUGAUCUUAUUUCUACAGUCCAUUCUAGAUUUUCCUUUUUUCCAUUUUGCAGGCGUCCGAAAAAUCCUCGAAAGGUCCUACAAGACCCGUUCGCCCACGAAACUCGUAAAUGCAUAAAGCCCUGA